AUGGGCAUGGUUGGUGCUAAAACCAAGCGAUUUCCACAGGGCAGUGCUGAGGAUUUGGGCAGAGUGGAGGGAGUAGCCACAGCAGGGGCAGAAGGGCAGGUGUCGCAAGCCAUGGACGGCUGUGGGGAGCAUGGCCAGCUGGUGGAGGAGGCAAUCCAGCGGGUGGCGGAGCGACCUAUCGAGCACCUGGCAGACAUUGUUUGCACAGAGGAAGGGGAAGUGCAUUUGGGUGCGUUGGUAGCAGAAGACAGUCUGGUGCGGGUGGAGGAGGAUGCACAGGUUGGGGUGUUGGCUACUCAUGGAUCAGUUGAAAUCCCGUGUGAAGGAAGGCUGGUCGUGGAGUUUGGCUGUGGAGAGGGGGAUCAGUUGGUGGCAGAAGGAAAUUUGUCUCCAAGACCCAUUAUAGGCCAUGGGGAUUUGACAGCACCCGCCGUGAUGCAGCUCAAUAUAGAUCAGUCGGCAGCUUUGGAGAGGGACCCUAAACAAGUCAAACUAAAGGGUCGACGGGGGAUUCUUCCUUCGGAUAGGCAGCUACGGUCCGCUUCGACCGCUUCCAGCAACUCCCUCCAGCACAUUUCCCUUAUAUUGUCACAUCUGUGGCUACCAUGUGCACUGUGCUUCUCUUUUGUUCACGCCAAAUGUACAUUAGAGGAGCGCAAGGAGCUAUGGCAAGCCUUGGUACUUGAGAAACCAAGUUCCCAACCUUGGUGUAUUUGUGGGGAUUUUAAUGCUAUUAUUGCUCCUGACGAAAAGAAAGGGGGACGUCCCUUUAGUAGUACGGAGGGUUUGGAGCUAAUGUCGUUCAUGGAGGAGGCGGAGGUGUUUGAUGUAGGUUUUUCGGGGUCGUCAUUCACUUGGUGUAACAACCGUCAGGGCAGGGCGAGAAUUUGGAAGAGAUUGGAUAGAUUGCUGAUUAAUGGGGAAUGCUCUGACCUCCCUGCAUCCGUUGCAGUUUUUCAUUUAGCUAGGCAUCCUUUUGAUCACGCUCCGCUAAAAAUAUCUUUUGCGUCCCGUUUGGAUAACAAGCCACACCCAUUCCGAUUCCUUAAUGUCUGGACUUCCAAUGCUUCGUUACUUGAUGUCAUUCGUACUGCCUGUCAGCGGGAGUGCCAGGGCUCACCCAUGAAGAUCCUAUGUACGAAAUUGCUUAGUACUAGAAGGGCCAUCCAGGAGUGGAACAAGCAUACUUUCGGGAACAUCUUUGACGCGUCCCGGGAGGCAGAGACUGAUAUGCGUCGGGCAGAGGCAAGACUGGAGAUUGAGGGCUCUGAUGACGCUCAGGUGAAGCUUCAUUGGUCUCAAGCACGGCUCAAUAAUGCGUUGUCUGUGGAAGAACACUACUGGGAGCAGAAGAGAAGAACGCAAGGGGUUAUUCACCGGAUUAAAGACGCAAACGGAGUGUGGUUGGAAUCUGACGAGGAUAUAGCUAAUAAAGCGGUGAGAUAUUUUUCGGAUAUUUUCUCUGAGCCCGCGAGUAAUGCGCAGGACUUGCUGCAGGUGAUCCCAACAUGUGUUCCAGCUGAGGAAAGUGCUCGCUUGGAGGCCGAUCCGACUAUGGAGAAGGUGAAGAGGGUCAUUUUAGCAAUGGACGGCGAGAGUGCAGCGGGUCCGGAUGGUUUCACGAGUAGGUUUUUUUCUUUCGCUUGGGAGGUGAUUGGGCCGGAUGUAUUUAAUGCUAUUCUGAGUUUUUUCUGUGGGGUUGUGAUUCCUCGAUUCUUUACCUCCACUUCCAUUAUAUUGAUCCCAAAAGGGCCCAACCCUCAGGACUUCUCGAAAUUUAGACUGAUUAGCCUGUGCACUUUUUUCAAUAAAGUGCUAUCCAAGAUCUUGGCGGAUAGAUUGGCCUCCCUCUUACCGUGCCUGGUGUCGCCUCAGCAAACUAGCUUUGUUAAGGGACGGAACAUUACUGAGAACUAUCUGCUCGCACAAGAGCUAGUGUCAGGGAUACGCAAGGCCUCGAGGGGAGGAAAUGUUGCUUUAAAAUUGGACAUGUCCAAAGCAUAUGAUAGGGUAUCUUGGCUAUUCCUGAUCAAUGUAUUGCGGCGUUUCGGGUUUGGGGAAAGAUUUAUUGAUAUGGUGUGGAGACUGAUUUCAAAUGUGUGGUUUUCGAUUAUUAUCAAUGGGGCCUCCUAUGGUUUAUUUCAAUCGAGGAGGGGGCUAACACAGGGGGACCCUCUAUCUCUCGCGCUGUUUGUGCUAGGGGCAGAUGUUCUUUCUAGGGCAUUAAACAACCUUGUAGCACAGGUUGGUUUUCUGGGGUUCAAAGUACCACUGGGGUGUCCCCCAGUCACGCAUUUGGCUUUUGCGGAUGAUGUGUUGAUCUUUACUAAUGGUUCUGCCCGUGCUUUACGAAACAUUAUUCGGGUGUUGGAAUUAUAUCAAAGAUCUUCUGGUCAACAGGUAAAUGGGCAAAAGAGUGGCUAUGUGGUGCAUCCGUUCACCCCCAUAGCGCGGCGGAGGACUAUCGAGCGUAUCACAGGGUUCCCUCAACAGCAAUCUCCUAUCCGGUACUUAGGGUUCCCGCUACAUCUCGGAAGGAGUAAGGCAUCGGAUUUUGGGGAAGUGAGUCAGGCUGUACUUGGGAGAAUUCUUUCAGGGAAGUCCAAGCUGUUGUCACAGGGGGGCAAGCUCGUGCUUAUCAAAUAUGUCCUUUCAUCUAUCCCCUUGCACUUAUUAUCGGCCACAGUAUUACCGGUUUCAGUGUUUAGCAUGAUUGAGAAGGUUUGUUCUAACUUCUUGUGGGGAUCAAACGAGGGGGGACCUAGGUAUCAUUGGAUUCGAUGGGAUCGGUUGUGUUUUCCAACGGAGGAGGGGGGAGUGGGUUUCCGGCAACUCCGAGACGUGUAUACGGCAUUCUCAUUGAAAUUAUGGUGGAAAUUUCGUACAGGGGAUUCUCUAUGGGCUAAGUUCUUGCUAGCAAAAUAUUGUCGCCAUUCUCACCCGUGUCAGGUGGAGUAUAAUGCAAGGGCCUCGGCUAUUUGGAAACGGCUAACUUAUGUGAGCCGUCACGCGGAGCUUUCCAUGCGGUGGUUGGUGAAUUCGGGAACUUGUGAUUUUUGGUAUGACACCUGGUUGGGUAGCGAGGCUCUUUUCCACAGAGUCCCAAUUCACGAAACCCUGACAUUCAAGGAUUUUUUGGUAGAUGGAAGAUGGAGUUCACUGCUCCUUGCUCGUCACUUCCCUACGGACAUCAUGGAUUUGAUAUUACAGCAGCCUCCCCCAGUUGGUGAGCGCCCGGAUGAGUUGGUAUGGAUGUCGUCAGCCUCUGAGCAGUUCUCGUUAUCCUAUGCUUUCCAAGAGAUCAGGCAAAGACUGCCGCUCGAUGACGUCUUGGGUAGGUUUGGGGUUCAACUACCGUCAAAGUGCUUCUGUUGCCGCUCGGCGACAGGGGAAUCGAUUAAGCAUAUUUUUGCAUCAGGCCAACUAGCAAGGGAGGUAUGGGGUUACUUUGGAGCCGUCUGCGGAAUAGGUUCGCCUCAGGGUCGGGAUGUUGUGUUGGCAGUCUCCAGCGAGGUAAAUAGGUGGAAUCUCCUCCCGCCUUUAGACCAAUUUUUUGAUAGGCUCUCCGAACCCCCAGUGCCGCUUCAGUGCAAAAUUGUUCGGUGGCGGGCAACAGGCACGGGGAUAGCGACACUUAAUACAGACGGAUGUUCUAAGUGUAACCUAGGAGCAAGUGGCGGGGGUGGUGUUCUCCGGGAUUCAGAGGGUCGCUUUUUGAUAGGAUUUUCAGUUUGCCUGGGGGUUAGUACGAGUUUACGUGCGGAGGUAUUGGCCCUGCUAGCGGGUCUUCGUCUUUGUUUGCCAUCAGAGAGGUUUCACACAGGUUCGAGUACAAUCCGACUCGUUGGUGUUGGUAGGUAUAUUGCAACGCCGGUUUCAGUGUCCGUGGCAGAUUCGAAAAGAGGACAAGAGGUUGAAUUUUUUACUUUGAAAAUCUAUCAUGGGGGUGUAUAUGUUAAAGAACCCGUAGAGAAAUAUGUGGGGGGCAGCAUGGAAAGUUUUGAAGGUGUCAUUGCCAUGAGAGUGAAUAGAGCAAUUGUAUCUGACUUUUGCUAUUAUCUUGGAUAUCCUGCAAAUGUAACAAUGAUGCAAGCAAAUGGAGAAACAGAAGUUUAUGUUGUUUCUGAGUUUCACAUUAGAUUGAUAGAUGGUAAAUGUGAGAGUGCAGUUGCAUCAAGCAGUUGUAAUGCUGUAGAAAUAGGAGAAGAUGAUGACUUCUUUGUAGACAUAACAUUUGAGGAUGUUGAUGUUGCUGACUUAGAGGAAAUUCCUGUUCAUGUGGAGAAAAUGAAGGAGCUUGAGAAGAAGAAACAGGAAACUUGUCAGACUGUUGAAGUAGAAGAAGUAGAGUAA